AUGGAACCAACAUUAUGUUUUCGUUUAUGUGAAACACCAAUUAUUUAUAUAAAAGGUAGUAUAUGUCGAUGUUCUGGUAGUGGUAUUAUGGAUUAUAGUCGACAGAAAGAUUCAUUUUGUAAAAAACAAUGUCCAGCACCAGGUAAUCGUGAAAGUAAAACUAAAAAUACAUGUGGGGGUAUAGAAACAUAUUCAGCUUAUGCGGAAGAACAAUUUUAUAGUCGACAUGCUCAAUUAUUUGAUUAUAAAAUUCAUUUUAAAUCAUGUAUAUUUUGGAAUACAACUUCUUAUUAUAAUACAUUCGAAGUUAAAAUUGAUCAAUCAUCUGUUAAAUCACCAUUGACUAAAUUGGAUCGAUGUGGAGGUCAAUGUCUUGAUCAAAAUGUGACGAUUAAAUCAAUAGCUUUUAACCGUAAUGAAAAUCAAUGUUUAUGUAUCAUAUCACAGAAUUUAAAUGUAAAUACUGAUCGUUCACUUAAUUUUAAAAUUUUAUCAAAUAAUAGUUGUGAUUUGUAUUGUGAUAAUACAUUUAAUGAUUCAAAUAUUGAACAUAAAUUCAAAUGUGGUUCAUUGAAUGAUUCACGCAUAUGGGCUAUUUAUGAAUUAAUCGAUAUUUGUCCAACCGGUUUUAUUUACAUAAGAGAAUUAAAAAAAUGUAUGUAUUCAUAUAAAUAUCGAUGGGAUUCAUGCCCAUCCUCGUCGAGAGGAUUUAUUUAUAAUAAAACUAUAACAUGGAAUAUUUUUCUAAAAAUUAUUGAAAAAUUAAAUUUGAAUACAUCAACUGUUAUGGUAAAUUUUGAUGAUGAUGUUCGUAUUGAUCCUUCAUGGAAAUGCUCAAUAAGAACAACAACAACAACAAGAACAGAUUCAAGUGAAUCCAGUGAAAAAUAUGCUCGGUCGACUUUAAAUAGACUGUACUUAUUACAGGAUGGCUGUUUAUAUGAAUAUGUAUAUUCAUAUUAUUCAAGUACGAGUUAUAGUCGUUUGUGUUCAAUGGAUCCAAUAAGCAAUGAUGUGUACUCGGAUACCUAUCGAAGUUAUUUAACAUAUUUGCCUGUUAAUUCUGAAAUAAUGUAUGAUUGCCCAACAAAUUGGCUUGAUUUAAAUAAUCAUUGUUAUCGAAUAUCAGAUGAACGUAAAACAAUAGAAGAAGCAAGAAAUAGUUGUAUUACUAUAUCUGAGGAUGAACAAAGUAAAAAACAUGAUGAAGUUAUAGCACAUGUGAGCAAAUUUGAUGAUGAUGAUUAUGAUUAUGAUGAUGAUGAGAAAAAUGAAAAACAAAAUAAAAUUCAGAAUUAUAUUAAUGAUUUACUUAAAGGCGAAAUUGUUCAAUAUACAUUAUCAUGGCAAGCUCGUCUUGGCUUUUUCCUGCUUGACACAAACAUAUCAGAUGAUAAAUCAAUCGAUGAAGAUGAUACAACGAUAUCACCAUUAAGGGUCAAUGUUAAUAAAAAUCGUUUAUCUAUAAAUGAAUUUCAAUUAAUUGAUUCAGAUGAAAUAAAUAAUUCAACUAGAAAAAAUGAUUCAUGUUUAGUUUUUACACGUACAAUAAUUAAUGAUAAAGAAAAUUCUAUUUUAAAAAAUACUCAAAUAAAUAAUUGUUCAACACCAAGAUAUGUUUUAUGUUCAACAAAACCAAUAAUGAAUCGUCAAUUUGAAAAAGGUUGUUUUAUUAAACCAUUAACACUUGGUGUACCAGUUCUUAUAUCAAAACAUAUAACAUAUGAAUUAUGUUUUUCAGUUUGUAAACAAUUAGAAACAAAUUUAAUUAUUCUACAUAUCAAUAAAUGUUAUUGUUUAAAUGGUGCUUUUACAUGGAUUAUUGAAACAGUGCGAAAUAGUUCAAAAUAUAGAAAAACAGAUUGCGGAAAUCCUUGUUCAGGUAUGUUUAAAUAA